CUGCAUGUCACUUUUGAAGAGGCAUGUCAGCUUCUCAGCCUUUUCUGAAUGUUGUCGAGAAGGCUAUAUAUGGGAGAUGAAGCCUUCCCAGUGUGCUUCAAAUGCGACAAUCCCUACCCUUUCGGCUUUCUUCACGUCCCUUACAAGACAGCUGAGCCUUUUCAAGUACUCUGCCGUACCUAUUCUUCAUCUAGAAACCCGCCUGUUCUUCUCGGUGUUUUCUUCCAAGGUCCACCUGCUCCCUCUCCGGCAUCUCCUACGAACGUUAUCACAGUCUCCUCUCCGUUCCAAGUUUGUGGCCUCACCAACCUACAUAUCGGUGUCAUUUUCUUCACAGCUGCCGAAUCUUCUUUACGCGCAACUAUAACGAUCGCCGAUAUCCGCCACCAGCACAAAAGCCAAUAUCCCCAAGCUGCGCUGACCACGUGGCAUGGUUUUCUUGGGUCUAACACCAUCAAGCCUGGCACUCGUACCAUGGCUGGGCGUGGUGCUUUCGGUUGUCGCGUCGAAUGCAAACAUUGCUUCCGCUAGAGCACUCCCGAACGCAAACGUCCUUGAAAAUAUCCACGACGCGAUCCUCCCGACGCCUAAUACAACCGAGGGGCCAUUAGGCGAGAUACAAUGUUACGCCCUUCCGUACGGUGCCAUCGGCAUCAUCUCCCAUCUCCUAACAUACUGGACGAUUGCCUGGGUCGCUGUAGGAAGGAGCCCGCUUUGGCCCGUCCACCGAAUCGAGUCGUACGGGAUCGACAUGUUCCUUGCGGCCAUUACCUUGUGCACAUGCAUUCCGAUUGCCUCUCUGACAAUCCAUCGAUGCCGCCUCAGUUGGCACUUCGUCCUUAUCGCCGUGUGGAAGCUCGUUACAUCUGUAUCGCUGGCUUGCCUCACAAUACACCGAUGCAUCAUCACCCGUCAAGAAAUCAAGAGGAAGAAGGCUGGCAAAGCUCACACCCCUAUCCCGAUGCAAGAUUCUGGUGAAGCCGCUCACGACCCUUCCAUGCCCAGCCACCGGCCCGCGACCACUUCAAAGGACCUCGGUCCGCUCUGGUGGCUUCUCCUCUACCUCGCAGGGACCAUAACCGGCAUGGUCGGCCUCUGCUCGCUAAUCUACAUCUCGUUCCGGCACGACACUGCCGUGCGGAACCUCACGUACGCCUUCGCGGCCCCGAUGAUCAUCAUCCCCAUCCUUGUUGCCAUAUACUGGUAUGUGAAGCAUUUGCAGCUGCCCGGCGGCGGGUUCGACGUGUGGAUGUCCGCGAAUACGCAUGUGAUUGGAGGUGCGGCAAUUGCCUUCACGGCCGUGUUUGGGUUCUUCUCCGCGCUCUAUAGCGACUUGGUGUUAGGAGCUAUUGCAGGUAAUAUGCUUGGGUUGCCCAGUGGAGACUUUGCGGUGCUCUAUUGGGCGUGGUUCAUUGCGAAGCGGUUCACUUUGCUGUCGUUGUAGUUGCAUCGCGGUUGGUUAGCGGCUUGUUUUGUAUGCAUUUUAUAUGGUGUUCUAGAAUUAUAUCGUAUUUUCUCUUUGUUUUUCC